AUGGCAAUCAACAGCGAUGGCUUGCCCGGCUCACGCCUUGUGAUUGGAGACAACACCGCCGCGGGCAUCAGGCACGAGCCAGGCAAGGAGACAGCGGCUGUAACCACCACUCCUGUCAUUGUCAGCCAAGGCGCGGGAAGUCCCAAAUACCACAGCCCAGCUUCCUACCCAGUGCCGGACUUUGCGGUGCUAGAUCGCCAUCUGGACGAGCCCCGCGAGCUCAAAGUUGCUGUUAUCGGGGCUGGCUUAGCUGGCAUCACAGCCGGAGUCCUGCUCCCCGCCAAGGUCCCGGGCAUCAAACUGACAAUCUUUGAGAAAAAUGCGGAUGUGGGGGGAGUCUGGUUCGAGAACGUGUAUCCAGGAGUAAGGUGUGAUGUGCCGGCGCACGUCUACCAGUCGAGUGUUGAAGGAAAUCCACAGUGGUCGGAGAAGUUUGCACAGGGCGCCGAGAUUCGCGACUAUUGGCAGUCUGUUGCACGCAAGCACAAUGUCUACGAAUACCUGAAAUCGUCCCACGAAGUCAAGGAGCUGCAAUGGGACCAGGGGACAGGGAAGUGGGUGAUCGACAUUGAAAAUCUCAAAGCGAAGCAACGGUUUACUGAGAGAUUCGAUUUCGUCUUGACAGCAAUCGGCCGUUUCAAUGCCUGGAAGCUGCCCGAUUACCCAGGCCGUGACGAGUAUCAAGGCCACCUCAGACAUGCACAAAAUUGGGACCCCAGUGUUGAUCCCACAGGUAAACGCGUCGCCAUCAUUGGCAAUGGUGCGAGUGGGAUCCAGCUCGUGUCGAACUUGCAGAAGAGGGUUGCGCGUCUUGACCACUAUGCGAGGAACCCGACCUGGAUCGCAGCCUCGUUUUCUGGGGACGAAACAUCUAUUGAGGCCAUCCCUAUUGAUCCGAAGGUCAAGGCAACCUUUGAUGACCCUCAAGAAUACCUGGCCUUCCGCAAGUUACAGACGGAAAAGUACUGGAGGCGCAUACAUGGUUGGCUAAAAAACCACCAGGACAAUACUUCAGCACAGGACGAGUAUGCGGAUAAUCUACGCACCAAGCUAGUCAAGAAGCCCGAUCUCAUCGAAAAACUCACGCCAACCUUUUCGCCACACUGUCGCCGCUUGACCCCUGGUCCAGGUUACCUCGAGGCCCUUGCGGAGGACCACGUCGAAUACAUCAAUACGCACAUAGAAAGAUUUACGCCAACAGGAAUUCAAACCGUCGACGGCAAGCACCGAGAGGUAGAUGCGAUCUUCUGUGCCACGGGGGGACACGGCCAGGUUCCGCUCUUCAAGAUCCGAGGGCUUAAUGGUAUAGAGCUCGGGGACAUGUGGAGGCCCAAAGGCCAAGGUUCAGUUGAUGGUUACGGGUUUCCUUACACAUAUCUCGGGCUGGGAACCCCUGGAUUUCCCAAUCUUGGUUUCUUGCUCGGCCCCAACGGCUCGGGGCGAUCUGGGACUGUGCCAUUCGCUGCCGAGAUCCACGCCACCUUCUAUGCCAAACUGCUUCGAAAGAUCUCUCGCGAAGGGAUCAGAACAAUCCAGCCCAGCCGCGAGGCGGCUGAUGAUUUUGUUCGGUGGAGCGACGCGUUCUUCAACACGACUGUACUCUCGGAGAACUGCAGCUCGUGGUACAACGGCGGCCAGCCUGGGGGUCGGGUAUAUGGUCUUUGGCCAGGCAGUGCAGCCCAUUUGGCGUCUAUUCUUAGGGAACCGAGGUGGGAGGAUUGGGAGUACGAAUACCUUGAGGUGCGAGACUCUCAAAGAGAUGGUUUGGUGAACAAUAGGUUUGUUUGGUAUUUCGGCAAUGGCAGCACGAGAAAGGAGGUUGACCCGGACGUCGACAUGACCGCCUACUUGAAGUUGCCAGAGCAAGUCGACUUGAGAGAUCUCCACGAAAGCUGGUGGAGCAUUCCGUGA